AUGAUGUUGCCAUCUCUACUCCUCUGCCUCCUAUUUGGCUUCUCCGUUGCUGGAGAUUCUGUAACUUCCGAACAUCCCGACGUUGAUCUCUACUUCCACUCCGACGAGGUCGCUCAUCACAUCCGUAACCAAGACGGUGAGCAUGCACUCCUACAAGCGACAAUGAGGCGAAUAGACGACCAUUUCCGCGCCAACGAGACAAUCCACGAGUUACUCACCCGCGAUGUACAAAACAAGGAAAUCAAUGGUCGAGCCACAGUUUUCUAUAAGCCAAAUUUGAACGCUGUGUGUACGCAGAACGGGAAAGUACGGGCGCAUCCCUACUCAAUCCGGAAUGUAUGUGUCAGUGGAAGGCAAUUCAGCGUAGACUGCGAAGCGGAUGCCGAAGGCGACCAUAUCGUCACAGUACAUGGUUACUGCCAGACCGACUACUUCUGCGUUACGGUGCUCAGAGACUCGCUUCAUAUCGUUGACCCAGACAAUCUACAGUUCGGCCAAGCCGCGGAGCCAAUCUGUCAAAAACGCUUGUAUUUCCGACCCUUCCAGAUCAAGAAAACAGCUGUAGAAUUCAUGACCGACUGGUGGACUGCGCCUGGCAAGUUCAAAGUCGCCUUUGGCCGCAUGGCUGUCCUCGGUGACACGGCUGGUGUUUCGUACAAACUCAAAUUCGAAUGGAAGCAUGUAAAGUCGACUUUGUGGAAUGUUGCUGGAAUUAAAAGUAUCGAGUCGGAAAAUAGCGGUGCAGACCACGAGUAUGAAUUGUCUUACAAUUAUAAUGGCGCGGAUGAUUAUCAGUUUCGAGCGGUUACUGAAGGGCUAGACGAGGUUGCUCCUAGCAAGAAUCUCGUACUCAAUGCUUAUUUUGGAGCCGCAUCUUAA